AUGAGUGAUGCGCAGACCAAACCUACUAAACAGGACAAGACAAAAAAGCGACCCCUAAAGAAUGAACAUGCGCUGCGCACCAUGAACUUUCUCCACAGCGCUGCGCAUCAAGCACCCACCAUCUCCACAGCAACCAACAUGAACACCAGCCUGGUGACCCUAAAGGAGAAGCACACCUCCCGACUAACCCCCGAUUUGAAGCGCAGCAUGUGCAGUAAGUGUAAGGUAGUGCUGGUGCCCGGCAACACGGCCAGGAUCAGGGUGAGGAGCAAGGCAGGGAACCAGUUCCGGGUGAUAACGUGUGUAGUGUGUGGACUUAGUAAACGGUAUUUGCUCCGGGAGAAGGAGUUGCAGAUUGAGAGAUGUCCCUUGUUUGAGAAUACUUGA